UAGGAACUCUCAGACAUUGACAUAUACUAGCCAAAACAUUUACAUCUUUAUGCACAUAUCCACCUAGAACCAGUGAUAUUCCAUCUGCAGAUUGUCCGCGAAGCCCGGCAUAACAUUCACAUGUAUCGCGACCUGGCAGCCCUAUUCUUUACAUAACAAGAAGAAGAAGACUCGUCGACCUCACCGGGAUCCAAAAACUUAAUUGCAUUUUCAUCAAAAAUAAUGGCCGGGACACAGUCAAAAGACGCCUGCAGCAUAUGCGACAAAGUGGGACUCAAGCCCUUCACCCGGGAUAAUGUGUUCAACUACUACAUACCGCUGCACGGCCUGGUGAGCUACGGAGCCCUUGCGGUGAAUGUUAUGAACCCCCAGAUCGUGCCCAAAAUCCUGCCCAAGAAGGACCUGACGAACGUGUUCCUCAUCUCGGCGGUGGUGGGCAGUGCCUUCUACAUUUACGGCAGGCCCCACCUGAAGGACGUGAAGAACAACAAGCGAGGUGCAUACGCUCUGCUCGGCGCCACCCUAUUCUCCAUGGGAUCCGUUCUGGCCUGGGCGCUCAUCAAGUCCGCCCUGCCACAGGACAAUGCGCUGCUGGCGACCCUGGCGGGUUUGGGAACUGGCGCCGCCAUCGUGAAGGUCGGCACUGAUUACAUUCAGGACGUGGACAAGCUGCAGAAGAACUAGAUGAUCUGAUCGAUACGAUAUAGGACUGAGGUAUCCGAACCCAAAACUGGGUUCGUACUGUUAUUGCUGUCUUGGCCGUACAUAGCUCGUGAUGCAAUAUUAUCUCCCGCAUAUUUGAAUAAAAUUAUACUAUAAACCCGA